AUGGUUUGGCUUCUCGACGAUGUCUACGACACGAAACACCGGGCCUACAUGAUGCGCGAGAAGGAGAUGAAGCUUGAACCUUUGAAGAUUCGGUAUCACGGGGUCUCUGGUCCUGCCAUGCCUUACGUUGAGCGGUACACACCGUACAUCAAGCAGGCAGGACUACUCCCGUGGAUUCAGUUGAUGAUUCCUCUUAUUGGUAUGGCUCUUACUGAGGCUGAGGCUGAUGUAGAGGAGGGAGAAGAGAAGAAGAGGGAAAGGAAAGCAGCCGGAGCUGCUUUCACGUGGAUUCAAACUCACUUUGCGAUGUGCCCUCCGGAUGCCACUGAUGAUGUGAUCCAGACACAUGCUCGUGUCUACAUGUGGUAUGUUGUGUCGAGGACUUUGUUUCCUGACUCCACUGGCAAGAACGCUCCAUGGAUGUGGCUGAAGGCGUUGACCGUCUUCGAUAGCAAAUGGAGCUGGGGUUCAGCGACUCUUGCCUACUUGUAUCGACAGCUGGACGAUGCGUGUUGCAGGAUCACAGAUAGUGCAGGCAUUGGUGGUAAUAUGCUUCUACUUUCUGUAUGGAGCUGGGAGCGUCUGCCUGUUGGACGCCCGAAGAGCGUCAGGUUUAAUCCUUGGUAUGAAGAUGAACAUGACGAAUUACGGCGCCCCACUUGGGCUUACAAGUGGGAUGUGGUUUCCGAGAUGACGAACGAUGUCAAUCUCAUGUACUAG